CAUGCUCGGUUUCCAUUGGCGGGACUGCGCAUACGUGGACCUUUGCCUUCCUAUGGGCUGUGCCAGCUCUUCCCAAAUCUUCCAGUCCGUCAGUGAUGCGCUCGUCUGGAUCGCGCAGAACAAAUUCGGGGCGGGUCCCAUUGUUUCUGUUUUGGACGACUUCCUCUUCAUCGGCGAGUCGCGCGCAGCGUGUCAGCGCUCGCUCGGCGGCUUUCAGGCCAUGUGCCGUGACUUGGCGAUCCCGCUGCGUCGCGACAAGACCGUGGCGCCGUGCCGGUCCCUCACCUUCCUCGGGGUGGUAUUGGACCUUGAGCGCGGCGAGCUGCGGCUGCCAGCUGACAAGCUGGCACGUGCCAGGGCAGGCCUCACGAGCCUGCUGGCCCGCCGGAAAGCGCCCCUCCGCAUGGUCCGUGAAUGCACGGGGCUCCUCAGCUUUGCGUGCACCGCAGUGCCACUCGGUCGCCCGUUCCUACGGCGCAUGUUCGACUUGUGUCGCGGCGUGUCGCGCCCUCACCACCGCGUCACGAUCACCCGGGCGGCCAGACAGGAUAUGCGCGCCUGGCUGCUGUUUCUAGACCGUUUCCCAGGCCGCGCGAUUCUCGCUCACCGGCGCUGGUUGUUGGAGCCGGGUCUUAUCCUGGAGACGGAAGCCUCCAGCUCGGUCGGGCUCGGUGCCAUCUGCGGCGAGGACUGGCUCCUGGGGCCGUGGCCCGCGUCCCUCCGCGAGGCCCCUAUCAGCGUUUUGGAACUAGUGGCUGGCGUCCUUGUGCGCUCAGAUAACUCCGCUGUGGUGGCCUGUAUAACCUCUCAGUCAUCUCGCUCGCCUGCCCUAAUGCCAUGGCUCCGAUUCCUUUUUCUCACCACCGUCUCUCAUAACAUUCUCGUGCGUGCCGUGCACACACCCGGCAUCGCCAAUGCAGCAGCUGACGCCCUGUCCCGCGGUCUUGUGCAGGUCUUCAAGGAGCUCCGCCCGUCCGCAGCAGCCACGCCGACGUCCUGGGACUGGCCGGCCUGCGGCACGCUCUCACCGUUCACCAGCUAGCUGGUGCCGCGCUAGCUCCUGCCACCAUUCGCUCUUAUCGAGCAGUGUGGGACCAAAUCCGCGUUUUCCUCACUCUGCCGCCCACUGCUGCCCUGUUUCCCAUCUCAGUGGCCGACACUGCUGAUUUCCUGGCCUCUCGACACGAGCAGGGCUGUUCCGCUUCCACCCUCGCCGCCGAGGCGUCUGCCAUCUCCUACGGCCACAAGCUAGCCGGCGCGCCGGAUCCCACGGCGGACUUCCGGGUGCGACAGCUGUUAGCGGGAUCCCGCCGGCUACGGCCGAGUGCGGACAACCGCCUCGCCGUCUCCCUGACCGAGCUCGGCGAGCUCUGCGCCGCACUCCAUUUCCUAGGCCUCUCCCCGGUAGACCGUGCUGCAUUCCGUGCCAUCUUUACAUUGGCUUUCUUUGCUAUGCUUCGCCCGGGCGAGGUCGUGCGCGGCCGAGACCUGACCCACACAGUCCGACUCAGCCACGUGAGUCUCGUCGGCCCCCAGCUUUCUCUCACCAUUCCAUCCUCAAAAACGUCGGCCUCCCCGUUCACCACCACGCUUCGAGCCCGGCCUGAUCUUGCCACGUGUCCGGUCGCCGCUGUCCGCGACUACCUCGCGGUCCGCGGCACGGGCCUUCCUGAUGACGCACUGUUUAUCGGCGGCCAUCGCCGCCCUCUGACAUCGCGCGAUCUCACUCGCGUACUUCGCAUGGCGGGCCGUCGAGCUGGUCUCAACCCAGCCCGCCUCUCCGGGCACUGCCUUCGCAUCAGCGGCGCCUCCCACGGCGCCGCAGUCGGACUAACGGAGCCUCAACUCUGCCACGCCGGCCGCUGGUCGUCCCAGGCCGUGCGGCGAUACGUACGGCGGCCGGUCUCCCUCCUUCAGGCAUCCUAAGCGGCGGGUCCCGUCCAAA